GCGCGGCCGCAGCGCAGUGACGUCACACACCGCGCGACUCAGUGACGUCACACAGCCGCGGCAUGGCGGGCAGCGGCCGCCGGCCCGAGCACCGCGGGCCGCCCGAGCUGUUCUACGAUGAGGCCGAGGCUCGUAAAUACACCCAGAACUCCCGGGUGGUGGAGAUCCAGUCACAGAUGUCCGAGCGUGCUGUGGAGCUGCUGGGGCUGCCCGAGGACCGUCCGUGCCUCCUCUUGGACGUGGGCUGUGGCUCUGGGCUGAGUGGGGAUUACAUCUCUGAGGAGGGUCACUACUGGAUUGGCAUGGACAUCAGCCCUGCCAUGCUGGAUGUGGCCGUGGAGAGGGAGGUGGAAGGAGAUCUUCUCCUUGCAGAUGUGGGUCAUGGCAUUCCCUUCAGGCCUGGCAUGUUUGAUGGCUGCAUCAGUAUUUCUGCAGUGCAGUGGCUCUGUAAUGCUGACAAGAAAUCACACAGCCCCCCAAAACGUCUCUACAGAUUCUUCUCCACUCUUUACACUGCCCUGGCACGAGGAUCCCGAGCUGUGCUGCAGCUGUACCCCGAGAACUCAGAGCAGCUGGAGCUCAUCACAGCCCAAGCCAUGAGAGCUGGAUUUACAGGGGGAAUGGUGGUUGAUUACCCCAACAGCGCCAAAGCCAAGAAGUUCUUCCUUUGUCUCUUUGUUGGGACAUCUGGCACAUUACCAAAGGGCCUUGGUACCGAGUGUGCCAGUGAAGAGCCACACCAGGCAAAGUUCACCAAUGAGAGGACACGGUUCAGAAAUGUCAAGGGCAAGUCAGUAAAGAAAAGCCGGGACUGGAUCCUGGAGAAGAAGGAGCGUAGACGACGCCAGGGCAAGGAGGUUCGAGCAGACACGAAAUACACAGGUCGGAAGCGCCGUCCUCACUUCUGAGCUGCCCUGGACACUGCUGGCAUGGAAGGUGGCAUGUGGGUGCCUCCAGCGAGCCUCCUGUGGAUGGCACAGAUGGCUCCCCAUGCCUGGGGACUCGCUGGGACUGCUCAUUGUGGCUCUUAAAGCUACGAACUGGCUCAGGUGCUGCCCAGCAGCAAAGCUUCCAGCCCUGUUUCCCUGGUGAAGGUGCACAGUGCUCUGGCCACUUGGGUGUCUGCAGUGCCAUCACUGACCUUCCUGAGUGCAGUGAGCCAGCUGAGCUCCAGGUGAGCCAGGAUGUGAAAUCCAGUUCCUCACUAAAGAGUCAAACAGUU